AUGCGCUUCUCAUCGCUUCUCGUGGCAGGUACGGCCACUUUGGCCUCUGCUCAAUCUUCCACCUUCUCUCCACUUCGCCCUCCAGCCAUCCCACUAGCCGUCAAGAGCCCUUACCUGAGUACAUGGCAGCAGGCGGGUUCUGAUGGAGGUAACGGAGGCUAUCUUCCGGGAGAAUGGCCAACCUUUUGGCAGGGCCAAGUCACGGGGUGGUGCGGUGAGAAGGAGAAAGCAUUCCACUACCGUCCGACAAUGAGCUCACUCUCCUAGGAAUGAUCCGCGUCGACAAUGCCACAUACACUUGGAUGGGCAAUCCUGCGAAUACCAAGAGCUACGCGAACCAGACAGCCUUUUCUUACACAUCCACCCAAUCCAUCUUCACCCUGUCUGCUGGACCCGUCCAAAUGGUUGUCACCUUCCUUUCCGGCGUCACACCAAACGAUCUCCUGCGCUCUUCUCUGCCUUACUCAUACAUGAACGUGGACGUCAAAUCACUCGAUGGCAAGACCCACAGUGUUCAAUUGUACACCGACAUUUCUGCAGAAUGGGUUUCUGGUGACCACGGUGCUACAGCGCAAUGGAGCUACGGCACUAUCACGGGAGAUUCCAGUCCAAAGUCCGUCGCUCAGCCUUCUAGUGCGCAGUCAACGGCAGCCACGCCGACCGUUUAUGGUACCCGUACUGCAUACAAUGUUCCGGAGGAGGUCACGCACACGAACGUUCCAUUCCACGCCGACAGUCAAGGGUAUAGGCCAAGCGAUGCAGACUACCAGGCACAUCCGACGUAUUCUCCAGUGCCGAUCCAGAAUCUGGCCGCCACAAGCGGCAUCUCGUAUCAUAAGGUAUACAGGCAACAGCAGCUUCAGUUCUCUGAGACCAACCAGCAGGCCGAUUGGGGAUAUUGGUGGGGUUUACAAAUGUCUGAGCGUUGAAUGAUGUGCUGAUCGCGCUAUUUGUAGGUACUGGGCGACGAAGUCCUCGGCUCAGCUCACGCAUCAAUCCGGCGCAGAUAACACCGUCCGCGGCAACUUCAUGGCGUCAGGUAUGAUUUCAAAGGCUGCCUUGAAUCCAUUUGCAGUAGCGUCUGACAUCAUGCGUCUUGACAGGCCACCUUCCGAACACGAACGAUACCAACUAUCGUGCGAUCAACAACGACUACCCAGUCUUCGGAUUCGCUUCCAACCUGGGCAGUGUUGGUUCGACCACGCAGAGCGUCCUCUACCAACUCAGUCUUCACCAGCAGAAUUGCAUCCAGUUUGAAGGCCAGCUGAAUACCGUGUCAAGCCUGCCAUGCAUGUGGACGAACUACUUCUCGACCGACACCGACGCCGUGAACUACUUCUACAACGACUACAGCACCGCCACCUCGUUAGCCAACAGCCUGGACUCCAAGAUCGCUAGCGACUCCAACUCCGCCGGUGGAUCAGACUACAACUCCAUCACCGCUCUCGCGACCCGCCAAGCCUUCGGAGCGCUCGAAUACACCAACACGCCCACCCAACCCCUAAUCUUCCUGAAAGAAAUCAGCUCCGACGGAAACGUCAACACCGUGGAUGUGAUCUUUCCCUUCCAUCCCAUCGCCAUCUACAUGAACGCCACCAUCCUCAAAUACGUUCUCGAUCCGCUCUUCAUCAAUCAGGAGAAUGGCAACUGGCCGUACGCAUACAGCAUCCACGACAUCGGAAGCAGCUAUCCAAACGCCACGGGACACAACGAUGGAAACGACGAAUCGCAACCGCUGGAAGAGUGUGGUGAUAUGCUGAUCAUGACCCUUGCCUACGCACAGCGAGCGAACGAUAAUGCCUAUCUCACCCAGCACUACGCGAUCCUCAAGCAGUGGACUGGAUACUUGGUGCAGGAAGCUCUGAUCCCCGCAAACCAGGUAUGAAGCCCCCUCCCUACACAACGCACCAUCUCUCCAUCUAACGAUCCAAUCUCCUCCACACAGAUCUCCACCGACGACUUCGCGGGCGCCGCACCAAACCAGACCAACCUCGCCAUCAAAGGCAUCAUCGGCAUCGAAGCCAUGGCCCAGAUCGCCAACCGCACGGGCCACACCACCGACGGACAAAACUACACCAAGAUCGCCCACGACUACAUCACCAAAUGGCAAGGCUACGCCGUCAACAGCAACGCCACCCCUCCCCACACCACGUUCAACUACAACAACGCUUCCUCCUUCUCCCUCCUCUACAACAUCUUCGGAGACAUGGAACUCGGGCUGCAGCUGGUGCCGCAGAGCAUCUACGACAUGCAGAGCACGUUUUACAACACCAAGUUCAACACCUACGGCGUUCCGUUGGAUUCGAGACAUUCCUAUACCAAAGGUAACUUGUUCCCCAAUCGACGGCUAAUCCAUGGAAUUGGAAAGCUGAUUGAUCUUUGUGACAGGUGACUGGGAAAUCUGGUGCGCCUCGGUGGCUUCCAGCGCCGUCAAGUCGAAAUUCAUCUCGACGAUUGCCAACUGGUUGAAUGUCACGCCUACGAAUUUCGCUUUUACGGAUUGGUAUGAUACGAUCAGUGGAGAGUGAGUUUACCCCCGUGCCCUUCUCUUGCUCGAUUUACCUCCUACUUCCUCUUCAUCUGAGCUGACGUGACACCUCUCUUUCUUUCUUGCGAUAUAGCUAUCCUUCCAGUCCCUUCAUCGCUCGUCCGGUCGUGGGGGGUAUGUAUGCUCCUCUGGCGUUGAACAGCAAGCCGAGCAGUGGGUAUGUGGAUCCCUCGUGA